CGAAGUCUUUUCACAAACCCUAAUAUCUGCGUUUUCUGAUUCUCUCUGAUUUUUGUUUACUUCUUGUUGCCAUGGCGCCUAAACGACCAAAUCCAAUGGAGGAGCCGCCAACUGCUUCUUCAACAGAAGACGAAGAGGAGAAGGAAGAAGAAUCCUCUGAGGGAGAGGAAGAAGAAGAGGACGAGGAUGAAGAUGAGCCCGGAAAGGCAAGCAAACCAGAUGUAAACUCCCCUGCCGCUGCCACAGCUGGCAAGAAGACACAGUCGUCGGAAUCCGAGUCCGGUACGGAUUCUGAAUCGGAGACGGAUUCCGACUCCGAGAUGCGCCCCCAAGUUGCAAACUCGAAUGUGAAACCUAUCGCGACUAAGCCCAUGGACGAGACCCCCAAAAGCAAAAAACUGCGGUCCAAGCCUGCGGCGUCUCCGGCAAAAUCGGCGAUGAAGCGGGCGAGCGAGACCGCGCAAGAUUCGAAGGAAGCAAAGCGGGCAAAAAAGGAGCAAGAGGGGAAAUCCGAUGUUGUUCCCGAUAAAGAAGGGAAGAAAUCCGGGGAGGAGGUGAAGAAGCAGCUAUUCCAAAGGGUGUGGAGCGAGGACGACGAAAUUGUUGUUUUGAAGGGCAUGCUCGAGUAUAUGUCGAAGAAAGGAACAAAUCCGGUUUCUGAUAUGGAUGCUUUCCAUGAUUUCAUCAAGAAGUCCCUUCAUUGUGAUUUUUCUAAAUCUCAGUUGAUGGAUAAAAUUCGAAGAUUGAGGAAUAAGUACUCUAAGAAUCGCAAGUUCUCAAAGCCCCACGAGCAGAAAGCUUCGGAUUUGUCCAGGAAGAUUUGGGGCAGUGAAGGAAACGGUGGUGCUAUUGAAUCUACAAUUAAGUCUAAUGGGAAGAAGAAUCAGAAAGGAAACGUAAAAGCGUUGACUACUUUAAAAGCGGACUUGUUCCCCCGUGACGACAAGGAGGGAGAAAAAGAGGGAAAGAAGAAGAUAGUGAGUGAUGAGAAUAACAUUUUCUCUCUCUGCGCCAGUGAGAUUACUGGGUUUGAUAAGAUAUUGGGUCUGCCUGCAUUGGAUGAGCGUGUUGUAAUGGAAGGGUUGAAUUUGCUUGACCCAGUCAAGAAGGCAGAGUUUGAGGGAAAGUGGAAGAAAUAUCGUAUUGCACAAAUGGAGCUUUUUUUGCAAAGAACUGAUUUGAUUCAGGAGCAAGCAAAGCUUAUGUUGGAAGCAUACAAGACUGAUAGUUAGUGCUGUGGUUAUUUUGUUUGUUGUUCAUAGAAAUGGAUGUUCUGUGUUAGUUGGUCUAUCUAGGAUUUGCUAAUUAUGGUGUAUUUGAGCCUUUUUUUUGGGUAGAUUAAUGUUAUUAUCCCGUGGGUCUAGGGUGGAGAACUUAUGGGGUUCUUUAUGAUUUUAAAUUAAAAUGUUGUCUUAGCUUUUUAUAUUUCUAUGCUUAGAUUUUCUUGUGAUUUUGUUGCAUCAUCCAAUGAAAUUGGUGAUUUCCGAUA